CUUCACUUGGGAAGCAUCAAAAUACCAUUGCUUUUGGGUGAUGAUGGAUAUCAAGAAAUGCAUGAAAAUGAUGAUGGUCGAAACAGGGUGUUUAAGUGCCCCUUUUUUUGAGGGGAGCUGGUCCAUGUGGUAGAAGGCGAACAAAGGAUAGCGUGCUUGUGUUAGAAGCGAGCAAGUGGGUGAACGAAUCACCAACCAAACGGGCCACUUGGUAACUAGGAGCAGCACAGCAGCCCCGAAGGUCGAAACAGGCCCUCUGCUGGUUGAGUUGAGGGUGAAGCAGGCUCCGGUCAAAGUCCGUGGUUUUGACCAAGAUGAAAAUGAUUAAGAAAAUAAAAUUGGAAAAAUUUCUUGUUCCACGCGGUCCAAUUCCAAUUUCCACGCUAGAGUUGAGGAGGAUCCCACCGACGGCCGUCCCAGACUGCCGGAGAGUACGGCACCGCCCAUUUCUUCUAAGUUCAGUUCGACUCCGAAUCCGAAUCCGCCAUUGUUGUCGGCCAUGUCUCAGCCUCUGUUCUCCCCUUCUUCCUUCUUCACUAUCCCUCCAGGGAUCAGCCCCACCCAACUUCUCGAUUCCCCUGUUCUUCUUACCUCCUCUAAUUUUCAGGCAUCACCGACCACCGGAGCAAUUUCGACCAGCCACCACCAAAAGAACAUGAAACAAGAACAACAUAACUUAGCUGAGUUCUCAUUUCCUCGUACAAAUCCCACAAAAUCAUCAUCUUCAUCAUCAAUAAUGUUUCAAUCGUCUUCAAUGCAGCAAAAUCAGGCAUGGGUAUCUCAAGCCGCCUUCAAUUUCCCGCCGGAGACCACCGUGAACGGCGGUUCGAAAUCCGACCAGCACCCACAAUCUCAACCAAAAAACAGAGCAUCUGACGACGGGUAUAAUUGGAGGAAAUACGGCCAAAAACUUGUAAAAGGAAGUGAAAAUCCCAGAAGCUAUUACAAAUGUACACACCCUACUUGCCCUGUUAGAAAGCAAGUCGAAAAAUCAUUGAACGGCCAAAUCACAGAAAUCGUUUACAAAAGUAAACACAAUCAUCCAAAACCAGAGUUCCCAAGAAGAUUAUCAUCGGCUUCUUCUUCUUCUUCUUCUUCUUCUUCUUCUUCAUGGCUAUCACAAGCUUUACCUCAAACAAUGGCGGUAGAGCCGAAGCAUUCAAUGGCCUCUGAUUCCGUUCCGACGCCGGAGAACUCUUCAACCAUGAUUGGGGAUGAUGAUUCCGAUGAACUUGAUGCAAAAAGAUGGAAAAGCGAGAGCGAGAACGAAAUUAUAUUGGUCGCCGGAGGUAAAACGGUGAGAGAACAGAGGGUUGUGGUUCAAACGAUUAGUAGGGUUGAUAAACUAGACGAUGGAUAUUGGUGGAGAAAAUAUGGACAGAAAGUUGUGAAGGGAAAUCCAAAUCCAAGGAGCUACUACAAGUGCACGUACGCAGGCUGUGGAGUGAGAAAGCACAUAGAGAGGGCGUCCCACGAUUUGAAGGCCGUUAUCACUACCUACGAAGGCAAGCAUAACCAUGAAAUUCCGGCAGCCCGCGGCGGAGGUAGCAGACCAGUCUCCAAUAAUCACGGCAACGACAACGGUCAUGCAUCAAACGGCGGCAGCGGUGACAUAUGGCCGAGUUCCGAGGUUUCUGGUGGCGAUGAUGGAUUCUCUAACAUGCUGUGGAGGACCAAAGAAGAUGCCGCCGAUGAGAUUUUCCGGUCGUUGUUAGACUGAUAAAAGAGUGUUCCUAGGUGGGACACUCGUGAAAGUAGGUUUAUGUUUAUAGUUUAAUUAAUUAACAUACAUCGAUAAAAUUGACAUGUUUAGUUAAGAUAUACUUACAAAUAUAUGCUUACACGUUAAUGAUUUGUAUUAA